CCUUAAUCAAAAAAGCACAGAAUCAUCUUUAGCAACAAAAACUCGAAUCCCCAAUUCAUCACAACAGAAACAGAAUUCAGAGCUAUGCAGCACGGAGAUUACUCCUCCGCUCCAUACUAUCAAUACCCUCCUCCUCAUCAAAACCCUAAUCCCAACCCCAACCCCAACCCCCUUCCCGCCACCGAUCACCACCACAACCCCUACGCCUCCGCCCCUCCCUUCUCCACCUCCGACUACUCCCCCUAUUCCCAAUCCUACCCUCCUUAUUCUCACAAUCCCGAUCCUGCCCCUCCCACCGCCCCUUCCUACUCCCCAACCUUCAACUCCACCCCUCAGCCACCUUCCUUCCCCUCGUUUGAGUCCCACGCGCCCUACCAGCCUCCACCUCCGCCGCAGCCCUACCAUCCUUCCUACGAUCAGCACCACCAGUCCGCUCCUAGCUACUCCACUCUCCCGCCGUCGAUUCCCGCCAACUCCAACCCCUCGUCUCCCUUCUCGUCCGCUUAUCCAGGUCCGUUCUCGAAUCCGCCACCUAUCUCCGCCGCGCCGCCGCCUCCGUACGAGUCCGCCUACGACAAUCUAACGAAAUUCGACCACGGCGGGUCGUAUUUGGACGAUCGGUACGGCGGCUACACCCGGAGCCAGUCCGAUUUGGGAUCCGAUCCGUACGGGAAGCGAUACGAUUCAGGCCGCAGUGAGAGCUACGGCGACGGCGUUUAUGCCUACCGAGGCGACAAGGUGGAGCCCUACGGGGCUCGCGGCACGGCGCCGAAGUCGUCGAGCUCGGCGUUGUUUGAUGAUUACGGGAGAGCUAUUAGCUUCCCUUCAGGUAAAGAGUCGAGUGUGAGCUCAAGCAAGAUUGUUAGGGCGGUGCCGAAGGCCGAUACACAGGAGGACAGUAAGGGUGGGGCGUUGAAGUUUAGGGUUAAGCUUUUGGCCGAGAGUGGUGGACAGAGCACCAUGGAUGUUGUUUGCCAGAUUGGUUUGGAUGGUAUACGUAUGCUUGAUCCUGCUACCAGUCGGACGUUGAGAAUAUAUCCCCUUGAGAAUGUCACUAGAUGUGAGGUGACAGAUUCAUCUACCUUUGCAUUUUGGUCGAAGAGCUCUGUAGACAUUGAACCAAGACGAAUUAGAUUGCAGUCAAGUAGUUACACUACAAACACCCUUUUAGAUACAGUAACUGCUGCAACCGUACAGCUCAAGGAGAUGGGUGGCAGUAGCAGGCCAGCUGAAUCUUUGAAGACAAAUGAACAGUCUGCAGAAAGGAAGAAAGGAUUAACCGAUUGGAUGAACAUUAUAAAGCCAGGAAAUGAGGAAAAAGAUCAUUGGGUCCCUGAUGAAGCAGUUUCAAAAUGUACAGCAUGUGGAACAGAUUUUGGGGCUUUUGUACGUAGGCAUCAUUGCCGGAACUGUGGAGACAUCUUUUGUGACAAGUGUACCCACGGCAGAAUAGCAUUAACUGCUGAGGAAAAUGCUCUGCAGGUUCGAGUUUGUGAUCGGUGCAUGGCUGAAGUGACUCAAAGGCUGAGUAAUGCCAAGGAAGCAUCCAGUAAACCUGCAGCGUUGCAUAGCCAUGAAGAUCUUGCCAAGAAACUUCAGGCGGAGAUGGAGAAGAACCGCAGGGAAUCCUCAGGUUCCAAGUCGGAUGGAUCUGGAAGACGGAUGAGAGAAGUUGCUUGUCCUACAUGCACAGUCCACUUGCAGGUCCAAGUUCCUAGCUCAGGUUCAGAGACAAUUGAAUGUGGAGUUUGCCAGCACCCAUUCCUUGUGAGUGCUCACUGAGAUGAACAGAUCUUAAAGACUGAUGGCCCCUGAUAUGAAGUCCCUGGCUUCAUAUUAUUUAAUUGGAUUUGAAUUACCUUUUGUUUCCUAAUAAUAUGGAAGAGCUUUUACAUACCAUUGAUUUUCUGGUUUGUAUUGAGGUGAUGGCAGCUUGUUUCUAAUAUGUAGCUUGUAUAUGAAUUAUAUUAUUUGGAAGCACCAUCAACUGGGUCAUGCCUUUUGUGUAAAUUAUAUGUGCACAUUAAAUACUCGAUGCUACAAUUAUAUGGUUCAGAUCUGAAAUUUUAUUC